AUCAGAAUUAAACUGCAUCCUCAGUGGGUCGAAAAUGGUUGUUUCGAAACCAUGUAAAAUUCUGGUUGGGAUUUCACUGAAUGUUGAAGAGAGCAAAGAGCUUCUGUCUUGGGCAGUCAGAGUUCUGGCUAACCCAAAUGACAGUGUAAUCGCGUUGCAUAUUCUGGUGGCAGAUGCAGCCAAGAAGGAGGAGAGAAAGAAAUGGCAGUCAGUCACAAGAUAUCAGUCCACUCAAAUCCGCCAGGCAAAAGCUUGUGUUAUAUCUAUGAUGGGAGAAUUCACAAAAACAUGCCAAUCUAAACAGGUGAACUUGGAGGCUAGAGUUGGGUUUAGUUCUCACCCUGCAAGGGGUCUUGUCAAGGAAGCAAAAGUCAUUCCUGCUGAUUUCCUUAUCAUUGGUGGCAAGAAGAAUCGAACAAGCAAGUUCCCUUGUGUGAUUGCAAAGUAUUGCUGUGAAUGCAUUCCAGACGGGUGUUCACUCGUCGUGUUUGGGAAUCACAAACCACCAUCUCAGAACAUCAAUUCCAAUUCCAGUUCCAAUUCCAUCCACAUUGAAGAGUUGCAGCAACCAAGUUCAAGGUGGCCUAGGGAGAACUCGGUUUCUUCAGAGGAAAAACAAAUGGUUUGUCCAAGAGAGAAGCCUUCCCCAAGGUCAGUGCUGGAAGAGACACAGAGCACAGAAGAGGAGAGCUCCAUUUUUGGGGACUCAAUUGUCUCAAAUUCUCCAUCGCUGAGCCGGGAGAUCAAAGGGCAAGCACAUCUCAGAAAGCCAAUGUCUCCCCUGAGGCGAAUUUCGUCUUUCUUUCGUUCACCCUUUGAUUCAAGUGCCCGAAAGAGAAGCCAUCUUGGUUUUCCCCACAAGCAGGCCCAACCACCUGCUUUGACCUGCUUUAGCUAUAAUGAGAUUGCCAAUGCCACAAACAAUUUCCAUCCAGAGAAUUUGGUGGGACAAGGAGGGUACUCAGAUGUAUAUAGAGGAGAUCUAAGCAAUGGAAGCACGAUUGCAGUAAAACGUUUAGCCAAGGACAGCAAUGACAUGAACAAAGAAAAAGAGUUCCUCAUGGAAUUAGGAAUAAUAGGACAUGUUAAUCAUCCUAAUACUGCAAGCUUAGUUGGAUACUGCAUUGAAAAUGGCUUCUAUUUGAUCUUCAAGUUCUACCCUAAUGGAACUCUCUCUUCUGCAUUGCAUGGGAAAACAUGCAAGCUAGAGUGGCCAGUCAGAUAUAGAAUUGCCAUUGGAAUAGCUAGAGGUCUGCAUUAUCUUCACAAAUGCUGCAAGCAUAGGAUAAUCCAUCGCGACAUUAAAGCCUCCAAUGUUCUCUUAGGUCCAGACUAUGAACCCCAGAUUUCAGAUUUUGGGUUGGCGAAAUGGCUGCCAAAUAAAUGGACACACCAUGCUGUGAUUCCAAUUGAGGGUACAUUUGGGUACUUGGCUCCAGAGUAUUUCAUGUAUGGAAUUGUUGAUGAGAAAAUAGAUGUUUUUGCAUUUGGGAUUCUUCUUCUUGAGAUCAUCACUGGCAGGAGGCCUGUUGAUUCAUCAAGGCAAAACCUGCUUCUUUGGGCAAAGCCAUUAAUGGAAGGUGGGAAAUUAGAUGAGCUAGCAGAUCCAAGAUUAGAAGGUGACUAUGAAAUGGACCAACUACACAGGAUGGUUCUAACUGCUUCCUACUGUGUAAGGCAAUCCUCAAUGUGGCGCCCUACCAUGACAGAGGUGUUAGACUUGUUACGCUAUGGAGAUGAUUCAGAGGCAGCAAGAAGUUGGAGAAUACCAAAGUUUACAAGUGAUGAGAUGGAUGACUGCUCUAUGGUCUUUGGAUAUGACCUUCCCUCGGAUUUAAUAGUAGAGGACCUAUAUUAGGCUAUCAUUAUUUUAUUUUUAUUUUUUAUUCUUGGCUUACUUAUAGUUCAUUCUGAUUAUUAUUAUCAUUAUUAUUAACAUUUGUAUUUUAUAUUAUAAUCUCCUUCUCAAUAUAUAACCA